AUGGAAAGCCUCGGGCCCCUGAUCAGCUGGGCACGCACCCGGGGCGUCGAGCUCGACGGCAUCGCGCCGCAGCAGAUGCCCGGCCGUGGAAUCGGCGCCGUGGCAACGCGGUCAAUCAAGGCAGGCCAGGUGCUCAUGACGAUUCCCGCCGGGGCCAUCCUCAGGCUCGACUCGGUGCCCGCCUCCAUCUCCUCCAGACUGCCGUCGGCGUCCAUCCACGGCCUGCUGGCCGCACAGCUCGCGGCCGGCAGCGACGCCGAGACGGCCCUCCGCAGAGACGCCAUGCCCUCGCUGCAGAGCUUCGCCGCGACGACGCCCCUCUUCUGGCACCCCCGGCUCCGGGACCUGCUGCCCGCGGAGGCGCGGAGGCUCGUGGCCCGGCAGGAGACGGCGCUGGAGCGCGACUGGGCCGCCUUCCACGAGGGCUUCCCCGGCGUCGCGCGGGACGCCUACCUGCGCUGCUGGUUCGUCGUCGGCACGCGGGCCUUUUACCACGAGACCGACGCCACGCUGGGGUACCCGUGGGAGGACCGGCUCGCGCUGCUGCCCGUGGCCGACAUGUUCAACCACGCGGGCGUGCCGGGGUGCGCCGUGGCCUUCUCGCCCGAGGCGUACACGGUGACAGCGACGCUGGCCUGCGCGAGGGGCGACGAGGUCUUCCUCUCCUACGGCGAGCACUCCAACGACUUCUUGCUGGCCGAGUACGGGUUCCUGCUCGACGACAACCCGUGGGAUACGGUUGAUCUCGGCGCCUUUGUCCUGUCGGGGCUGGACGCGGAGCAGCAGGCGGAGCUUCGGGCCCGGGGCUUUGACGAGUGUGUUGUUGGGCCGGGCGAGCAGUGGCAUCUGCCCGACGGCGCGCUGGAUAUCCUGGCGCGUCACUUUCCCGGCGAGCUGCCGCAGAGGGCGGCGAAUGGAGGACGGCAGGGCAAGCCUCAGAAAGAGCGCGUGCUUGCGGCCGUCUUGACACGCUUCCUGGACGAGAUACGCGACGUCAAGAGCGCCAUUCGAGCCGUCACAGUCGGAGACGACGCCCAGCGCGCAACUCUGCGAAGACGCUGGGACCAGAUAGAAGCUCUGGUCAAACGAGCCAUCCGGGGGGUUCCCAGCUAG